AUGAGCAGUUCAACGGUGACAACAACAACAAUCUCAGAUCAUUCCUCACCAAGUUCUACAUCUCGUUUACUAGUUCUUCUAAUUGAUGGACUAAGGUGGGAUGUAGUAGCUAAUCAUUUAGAAAAUAAUACCAAUGAAUUUGGAUUCAAACGACUACAAAAAAAUGGUGCAUACUUGCAACGUCUCACUCCUGUAUUUCCUGCGGAGUGUUAUCCGAAUAUUUACUCACUAUUCACAGGCCGUCAUCCAGUUGACCAUGGAGUUAUUCUCCCAACAACAUUUAGUGAACAUACAACCAUUGAUGGCGAACCUAUUCGUUCUCAGGCUGAAGGUCUUUGGGAAACAGGAGUGAAACAAAAUAAAGGUGUUCAUCUUUAUCAUUUGCCUAUAUGUUCCAAUGAAGCUGGUGGUGAAAAUAGUUGGCAUUGUGAACCAUAUAAUCAAGAACUUAUGAAUCCUAUGAAUUUGAAUGUUACAAUACAAAAAGCUUUAAAUGGACUACAAAAUGGCAGUGCACAUUUAGCAGUUGUAUACUAUGACGAAUUAGAUCGUAUCGGACAUAGAUAUGGUCCAUUGUCUAAUGAAUUAGUACAUAAACAUUUAAUCUAUUUAGAUUAUGUGAUUGAUUAUGCAUUGAAUAUCAUAGAAUCUAUACCGAAUUUAAAUUUAUUACUAACUUCUGAUCAUGGUAUGGCGACCGUAUCACAUCGAGCCUAUGCUGAUCGUUAUUUCAAAACAUCACAGUUAAGUAGAGUAUUGAAUCGUGGAAGUACAUUAUGGAUAUGGCCUAAACCAGGAUAUGAAAGAGAUGUUUAUGAUCGUUUGCUUAUUCAACAAACUAAAUCACCUUUCACUGUAUACAAUUCAUCAACAAUUCCUUCACAUUGGAAGACUAUCACUACUAGUAACAAUGCUAGUAGUCAUCAUUCAUUAUUCCCGCCAAUUUUGAUGAUUGCUUCAUCAAAUUAUAUAUUUCAUUCUAAUGCAUGGCCAUUAAAUAUGAGUCAUUAUAAUUUACUCGAUCCGAAAGGAAUGCAUGGCUAUGAUCCGGAACAUACUGAUAUGCAUAUCCCAUUAUUCAUUUAUGGUCCUAAUUCUAAUCGUGGUGUACAAUUGAAUUUUACCAAAGAAAUUCGUCCAAUGCAUAUACAUGCUUUAAUGGCUUAUUUAGCUACAAUUAAUUUGCCAGAUUUUCAUUCACUCAAUUUAUUUACACCAUUGUUACUAUCACAACACCAACAUCCUCAUGAUCAUGAUGAUCAUCAUCAUCAUCAGCAGCAGCAGCAAGAACAGCAUCCACUAUCACCUGUCAUGAAUAAUUUCUAUUGGUCAUUGAAAGAGAAAUCAUCCACUGCAUCAUUAUUUUCACUAAGACCCAGAAAUCAAUUAGUGUUGAUGUAUUUGUCUGCGACAGCAGUGAUAGUUUUUUCUUUUGCAAUAAUUUUUGCCUUGAUCAUUUAUAUCUACAUGCGAUGUCAUCAUUCUGCAUCGUGGUGGUGUUGGUCGUGCUGGUUCAACACUACACGUGCAUUCACUUGUCAUGAUGAAUUAAACAAGGAAUUAGUUAAAUCACCGGUGCUUUCUAAAGCUUAA